GACCCCACCAAGCUGCGCUAUGGCUGCGGCGUGGCUACCACCGCACAGGUCAACAGAGUGUCGAGUGACCUGGCAGCUCUCGAGCCCAAGAUCACAGCUGCCGCCGCCCAGGUCAGCUCUGUGAAGGCCACCGUCGUCCAGAAGAGCAACGAGACAGCCGCGCUGCGUGCCCAGGUGGUCGAGCUCAAAGCGGCGGCCGCGGCGCUCGGCGCCCUUGUGCAGCAGCUGCAAGCAAAUGCAGCCAACGCCACCGACCCGGGCACGAUCAUCACUCAGGAGCUCGCUGCCCUUGCAGCAGCCGACGCGCGCGCCGCCCAGAAGCUCGCCCUGCUGCAGGCGGCAAACCAGACAGCGGCCCGGGACAUUGCGGCGCUCAAGUCUGCUCAGCAGCAGUGCACCUGCGGCCCAGAGCUGUUUGCCGUCGACACCACCCUAGCCGCCAUCAAGGCGGAACAGGCGGCGAACGCGGCGACAGUAUCCCUAGCGAACGCCACCUUGGAGUCCUUGAAGUCCACAGUUGCUACAGGCGCGGCAGCCAUUGAAGCGGCCAACACCAGCCUUCCUGCCCUGACAGCCAAAUUAGCCAGUGUGUCUGCCACAAUGUCUACCAUCGACUUCACUGUGUAUGCAAAAACCGCCGACCUCGCCAACAUCAACGCAGUCAGGCUAGGGGGCGUGCCAGCAGCGCAGUACCUGCGCUCGAGGGUGGUGAUCUACCGGGAAUCUUUGACAAGCAGGAACGGCAAUCUUGGUGGCCGGUCUGGUGCAGACGCCUUGUGCCGCGCCUCCCUCCACCGGCCGGCCGGGCUCGUGCAGGUUCGCGCGUUCCUAUCAACAUCUUCAUCCGACCAGAUUGCCAACUUUCCCACAUUGUACCGCCUCCCCGGCGGCCUGGCAAUCGAGUCGCCCGGCGGCGCUGUCCUGGCCAGCAACUUUACAAGCCUGCUGGAUGGCAGCAUGUCGCAGUCCUUAACGGCUGCGGGCAUAUUGUCUCCUAGGGACGGCUUUUGGUCCGGCACU